CUUCGAGCGCUUUAUCUCUUCUCCUCAUACUGAUCUGUCCGGGCUACAGAAUGAACCGCCAGGCUUUUCUCCUUCUCUUCCUGCUGGGUCUGUACUUCUCCAGCGCUGUCAGUAAAGAUCCUGAAGCCCCAGCAGCAGGAUCACAGGCACCCAGUCAAGCCCCCAAUAACACACAGGUGGAGCAAGAGGCCGGGGACUGGGGGCUGAGCUCCCUCAGAGAGAGCUUCGAGUCCGUAGGCAACUACUUUGACUCAAUGCUGGAGCUCAUGGGCGGACGUGAUGGAGUGUGCCAAUACCGAUGUCGAUACGGCCAAGCUCCACUUCCACGUCCAGGAUACCAGACACCAGAACCUGAUGGCUGUGGGUCCUACUUUUUUGGCCUUCCUGUUCCAGAUGGGGUGGACAUGGGCAUACCCGCCAUGACAAAAUGCUGCAAUCAGCUGGACAUGUGCUAUGACACCUGCGGCUCAAACAAGUACCGCUGUGACUCCAAGUUCCGCUGGUGCCUCCACAGCAUCUGCUCUGACCUCAAGAAGAGCCUUGGAUUUGUGUCAAAGGUUGAAGCAUGUGAAACGGUAGCCGACACCUUGUUCAACACCGUGUGGACACUGGGCUGCAGACCGUAUAUGAACAGCCAGCGGGCAGCCUGCUACUGUCAAGGAGAGGAGAAAGAUGAACUUUAAAAAACAAAAAUA